CUCUGGGCGCCAAGCGUGACUGGACUUGGGGUGCCGGUCGUGUCCGCCGGUACCGGAGGGCGGAAGUACUGCAGAGCCGAGCUCCGACCUCCGUGCCGGUGCUUUCUGCGGCUGCGCGCGCUCUCUGGACUCUGGCUGCUGAGUCUCUGCGGGGCAGUGCGUGUCCGGCGGCAGAGCCCGAACCCCGGGUCUUCACCUGUGCGGGAAGCCGGGGGGAGGAGCCGGCGCUCGGGCAGGUUUGACCUUGGUUGAAGAAAAAUUAGCCUAUAUGUACUGCUUUAACCAUUGGAAGAAUGACAGAUGACAAAGAUGUGCUUCGAGAUGUGUGGUUUGGACGAAUUCCAACUUGCUUUACUUUGUAUCAGGAUGAGAUAACUGAAAGAGAAGCAGAACCAUACUAUUUGCUUUUGCCAAGAGUAAGUUAUUUGACGUUGGUAACUGACAAAGUGAAAAAGCACUUUCAGAAGGUUAUGAGACAAGAAGACAUUAGUGAGAUGUGGUUUGAAUAUGAAGGCACACCACUGAAAUGGCAUUAUCCAAUUGGUUUGUUAUUUGAUCUGCUUGCAUCAAGUUCAGCUCUUCCAUGGAACAUCAUAGUACAUUUUAAGAGUUUUCCAGAAAAGGACCUUCUGCACUGUCCAUCUAAGGAUGCGAUUGAAGCUCAUUUUAUGUCUUGCAUAAAAGAAGCUGAUGCUUUAAAGCAUAAAAGUCAAGUAAUCAAUGAAAUGCAGAAAAAAGAUCACAAGCAACUUUGGAUGGGACUACAAAAUGACAGAUUUGACCAGUUUUGGGCCAUCAAUCGGAAACUCAUGGAAUAUCCUGCAGAAGAAAAUGGAUUUCGUUAUAUUCCUUUUAGAAUAUAUCAGACAACGACUGAACGGCCUUUCAUUCAGAAACUAUUUCGUCCUGUGGCUGUGGAUGGACAGUUGCAAACGCUAGGAGAUCUCCUCAGAGAAGUUUGUCCUUCCGCAGUUGCUCCUGAAGAUGGGGAAAAAAAGAAUCAAGUAAUGAUUCAUGGAAUUGAGCCAAUGUUGGAAACACCUCUUCAGUGGCUGAGUGAACAUCUGAGCUACCCAGAUAAUUUUCUUCACAUCAGUGUCAUCCCCCAACCAACAGAUUGAAGGACCAACUCUUGGUCUGGAUAAAAUCACCCUGAAACAUGAUUUACCAGAGCAUGUCAGCCUUUUCUUCAGUCAGGUUUGGUGGGAGCAGCCUGACCAGAGACACUUUACUGCUACAAGCCGAGCAGGAACGAGAGUCCAUGUCAGAUAAAGCCAUCGGGCUGGUCUCUCUGUGUGUCACCACUGCUCUCCGCCACUGCCUCAUUAAACCUCAGCCACGGCGGGAAAGACUCAACAGGACCCCUGCAGGCCUUCUGUUUUCUUGUAAAAUAUAAUGAAGCUGAAACCUUUGCCUAAGAAGAAAAAGGAAAUGUGUGCCACUCAGUUUGUAUUUCUGUUUAACAAAUAAACAGGGGUAUUUCCUAAGGUGACCAUGGUUGAACUUUAGCUCAAGAGAGUGGAAACAUUGGUUUAAUUUUCAAGAGAAUUAGACUUAAGAAAGUAAAAGAGAAAUUCUGUUAUCAAUAACUUGCAGUAAUUUUUUGUAAAAGAUCAAGUUACAGUAAACCCAUCUUUCCUAAAUGAAAAUUUCCUAUGUUUACAGUCUGUCUAUUGGUAUGCAAACAAUCUUGUAACUUUGAUAAUGAACAGUACGACAUUUUUAAAUAAAGCCUCUAAAUAAUGUUUUGUCAUUUAAUAGCAUACAGUUUUGUCACUUUUCAAAUACUUUCUGACUCUAUGCAGUAAAUCACUUUUUAUUCUGUUACCGUUUAUCAUUAGCAUGCGGUGGAUACAGGAGACAGGAAAACAUCUCAGGAGCUGUCCUAGAAUUCAUUGCUGCCAAUUUUAAAAUCUGUGUUCUCUACACCCUAAAGAUAGUGUUAACUGUUUAUCUUUGUUGUUUUGUUGAUCACUGUAAGCCUGUCAAACCAUAUUAUGGUAAGCAUCUAUAUAAUUUUGCGUUUUUAAAAAUCCAUUUCUUUUCAACCUAGUUUUCCUUUGGCUCCAGGACCUAUUUUUCACUGUGGUCCCCUGGCAGCUACUUUGUGAAGUCUACUUAUAUCCCUACCACAGUAGCUUUUCCUUAACUUUACCAAAAAUAUCCAGAAAGUGCUGGAGUUCUUACUCAUUAUAAGGAAAAAGGUUUGCCGCACUUGUAACAGGCUACUGGGAUGUUACCAGUUGUAUUUGUGCACUACAGUUGAUUUCUUGUGAGCUAGCUUACUGUUCAUGUUGAAUGUCAACUCAUUUGAAAAUGCUAAGUAAGUUAUAGUAUCAUACAAAAUUGUGUUAGAUUCCACAAUAAAAAUGAAUGUUUUCUUAUAAAAAA